AAUUUGUACAGCUGACAAGAUGCAUUAUUUCUUAAUUCUGUUCAAAAAUAUAUACGAUUAAGGAAAAUAGUUUAUUAAAGCAGAUGGUGUUAAAGGUACUUGGAAUUUGCUGUUUAUUAAAAGAAUCGUGUGUUCGUGCGUUUUGUAAAUUUAAUGUAAAAAAUGAAAGUGAAGAAGACGACGAAAUAUGUUGCGGGAGGGGCAGGAUCAUCCGAUUCCGAUUCGGAGUAUAAUUCAUCAGACGAAGAAUUGCAAGAAGCUUAUGCGAAAGGUUUAUUAAAGCCUGGUCUCAAUGUAGUAUUAGAGGAAAACAAAAAAGUUUAUAAAAACUACGUUUCACUUAUGAAAGAAAAGCUGGAUGCAAUUAAAUUAAACUUGCCAUGGGUCGAGAGGCUAGACAUGGUCACUGCACCGGCACCUUUAGCACCAGAAUUGGCAUUGCAAAUGCAGGAACAAGAAGUAAGGCGGGCAAAUCAGUUGAAAGGAAACUUGAAGUUACCUCAGUAUAAUCCAGCAGAUGAUCCUGUUCUGAAUGAUUUUCGCAGAGAGACAAUGUUUCAUAGACAAGCACAGGGUGCUGUUAUGGAUGGUAUUGCCCGAUUGAAAAAGCUCAAGCUGCCAACAAUCAGGCCAGAUGACUACUUUGCUGAAAUGGCAAAAUCAGACAUUCAUAUGCAGAAGGUCAGAAAAUGUCUGAUGAGGAAAAAGACUGUAACACAGUUAGCGGAAAAAAUGAGGCAACAAAGACAGCAGAAGAAAGUAGCAAAACAGAUGCAGAUAGAAGCAACUCUGAGGAAGCACGAGGAAAAGAGGAAAUUACUAGACGAAGUUAAAAAGUAUCGCAAGGGUGCGAGAAAAGAUCUUGAUUUCCUGGAAGAUAAGAAACCACAGGGUAAAGGAAAACAUUUAAAGGUAAGCGCAAAGCGUAAGAUGCGGGAUUCUAAAUAUGGUUUUGGAGGCAAGAAACGUGGCAGCAAGAAGAACACGAGUUCGAGCGCUGCAGAUGUGUCAGAAUACAAGAAGCCCAUGAAGUUAGGAAAGGAUUCCAAGAAAAAGGGAGGAAAUCCGAAGCAGAGAUUAGGGAAAGGUCGUAGGACACGGAUGAAAGCGAAGAGGAGGUGAUAAUCCAACUUAACGCAUUUUAUGCAAUUAAAUGACCUGA